GCCUCUUCUUCUUUUUCAAUAUUCAGUUACUUGAGAAGAGACGCUAUGGAAACGUUGCUCUACUACCGUUUGACAGCGCCACUGACAUUUCUAUCAAAUAAUAUGCAUCAAUUUGCAAAUGGCUGCCCUCCAAAUAGAGGGAAAUUAUUAAACUGUCAAAACUUGAAAUAUCCCAUCGUCAGAGGUCCUUCAAUUAAAAUUGUCCCAAUUUUUCCCCGUCACGACACGAGCCUUGGUUAAACUUUAGAAAAAAAUCAUGACUACAAGCAGCGAAGAUGUUCUGCUUCAAAUGGGCGAAGUGCGCUUCAAAAAGGGCGAUGGCACGCUUUACGUAAUGAAUGAGCGCCUCGCCUGGAUGGCCGAACAUCGCGAUACAGUGGCUGUGUCACAUCGAUUUGCCGAUAUAAAAAUGCAAAAAAUCUCACCUGAAGGUAAACCAAAAGUACAACUUCAAGUUGUACUUCACGAUGGUAAUAGUUCGACAUUUCAUUUUGUCAAUCGCAAUGGAUUGCAAGCACAGCUUGCCGAUCGUGAUAAAGUCAAGGAAUUGUUGCAACAACUUUUGCCUAAUUUUAAAAGAAAAGUCGACAAAGAAUUGGAAGAGAAAAAUCGAAUUUUAUCAGAGAAUCCAAAUUUAUUGCAGCUGUAUAAGGAUUUGGUUAUAACACAGGUGUUGACGAGUGAGGAAUUUUGGGCGACACAUGCUAAGGAGUAUACAGAGAAGAAGAAUGCUAAAAAACAGGAAAUUGGUGUUUCCGGAGCAUUUUUAGCCGAUAUCAAGCCACAAACAGACGGCUGCAAUGGCCUCAAAUACAAUCUCACAGCCGAUAUCAUUCAUUGUAUAUUCAAAACAUAUCCAGCAGUUAAACGCAAGCACCAGGAAAAUGUACCUGGCAAACUAUCCGAAUCAGAAUUCUGGACCAAAUUCUUUCAAUCGCAUUAUUUCCAUCGUGAUCGCAUCACAGCAGGGACCAAAGAUAUUUUUAGUGAAUGUGGUAAAAUAGACGAUCAAGCUUUGAAAGUUGCUGUGCAACAAGGAUCUGGUGAUCCGCUACUAGAUUUGAGGCAAUUUGAAGAUGUUCCUUUGGAGGAAGGCUUUGGCAGUGUGAGUGGAGAUAAACAUCUUGUAAAUAGUGGCAAUAUAGUCCAUCAAAAUAUGAUUAAACGUUUUAAUCAACACUCAAUUAUGGUUCUUCAAACUUGUACCGAUGUAGCGAAUUCAAAUAGCACAACAACCAGUCAAACUACAUCAUCCAAAACCGACACAAAUAAGAAUGAUUUGGGUUUAAAUGGUUUGAGCGAGAAGAAACACAAGAAACCCCAAGCAAACGGAGAGUCGAUAGUAGUCAGUAGUCCGGAGAAGCAACCAAAAAAAAUGCGAAUCAUGGAAAAAAUUUCCUACGAAGAUUUGGGCGAUCCGGUGGGCGAUGAUGAAGUCGACACUGUUGUCCAGAGUUCCAGUAAAAAGUCUCUUAUUCUAAAUCUAGCCAAAGGCGAGCGUUAUAUGCACGGACCCGUUCCUAUUUCACACCAAGAUACCCACGAUGAUCCGAGAGAGCUCGAUGAGACACAAUAUCAAUUGAUACGUGUUGCCGAAAGUUGGAGUCACCGAACCCAACAGAGAUGUCCUGUGAGUGCUACAGCGGCUGUGAAUGCUUUGGGUGAAUUAAGUCCUGGAGGGGCAUUAAUGCGAGGUUUCCAAGAGCAGUCUUUAGCACAACUUGUCCCACCCGAUGUGGAAAAGGAACUUAGGCACUUGUAUCUAUCACUCAGUGAAUUGCUGAAACAUUUUUGGAGUGCAUUUCCUACCACAACACCAGAACUAGAGACCAAAGCUGUUAGAAUGCACGAAGCAUUGCAACGUUUUAAAAUGGCUAAGCUAUCUCCAUUUGAAAAUCGUGCAAUGCGAGAACUCUCACCACUGGGAGCAUCACUAACCCUGCAUUUGAAUCAGUUGCUGCAAUCAGCUGCAGCAAAAUUCGCCACAUUUCAGGAGAGAAAGAUGCGCCAACAUCGGUAGCAUAAUCGGAAUAAGCCGUCUACAAUCUUGCAUUGAAGAAGGAGACCAAUUUUUUGUUAGAUUUUUUUUUUUAUAUAUAAAUAUAAUUCUUAAAUUCUCUCUUGUUUUGUACAAUCGUAUUUACAAAAAAAAGAAAAUAGUAAAAGAAACAUAAAUUCCAACAACAAAAAUUAUGUAGAGAAUAAAAAGCUUAAAUCCGUGUAA